AUGGCGAUCUUCAGAUGGAUGCUGAUUCUUCUGUUGUGGAGCUGUUGCCCAGGAGCCGAGGGCAACCUGCAGCCAGUCCCCAAGUUCGGAGAUGUCUAUCACGUUACAGGGGUUAUCAGCCUGCCCUAUGCUGAAAUCAAGGAGCCCUUCGAAGCCUGGUACAACCUGACCGGAGGCCAGAGCCGUAUCCAGUACUACCACGGCCAAGUGAUCACGUACCAGCUUGGCUCUCUGGAGCCAUUCGGCGCCAGUUUCAAGGUGACCCCAGAAACCACAGAAACCGAGGCGAACGUUCGGAAGUGCUUCCGGGUCAAUGGCACGGCCGGGGAUCUCAUCAGCCCGCAGAGCGUCUUCCCCCGCCUGGACGGCUUCAAGCCCGUGCGGGAGGAGUCCUACAAAGGGCAGCUCUGCACCGUGCUGCAGAACGUGUCCUACUGGGGCCGGAAGAAGAACGUCUACACCCUGUGGGUGGCCAGCUCCGCCGACGGCCCCGUGCCCGUCCACUACGAGAUGCGGGGCUUCAACAGCCUGCUGGGCUCCCACUACGACAAGUACGAGAUCGACUACAGCGGCUUCGCCCGCAGCUACCCAGCCGAGGUCUUCAGCCUCCCACACGGUCUAAAAUGCGAGCACUGGCCUGGCGCAGGGCCGGAGCACCAGAUCCUGGCCAAUCCAAUGCAGGAAUUUGUCGGGAGAAUUAGAGAAACAGACCGAGUCCAUCACCGGCUGUUCCACCACUACAAGGAGAAGUUCAGGAAGACAUACAGCACCAAGAAGGAGAUGGAACACAGGAAACGCACCUUCAUCCACAACAUGAGGUACAUCCACUCCAAGAAUCGGGCCAACCUGCCCUACAAGCUGGUGCUGAACCACCUGGCCGACCGCACCCCAGAGGAGAUGGCCGUGCUGCGGGGACGGCUAAAGAGCGGGGCCCCCAACAAGGGGCAGCCGUUCCCGUCCGAGGGGUACAAGAGCCUCGUCCUACCAGAGAGCCUGGACUGGAGGCUGUACGGCGCCGUGACCCCAGUGAAGGACCAGGCCGUGUGCGGCUCCUGCUGGAGCUUUGCUACCACCGGGGCGAUGGAGGGCGCCCUGUUCCUCAAGACCGGAGUGCUGACCCCGCUGUCCCAGCAAGUCCUGAUCGACUGCUCCUGGGGCUUCGGGAACCACGCCUGCGACGGCGGCGAGGAGUGGCAGGCGUACGAGUGGAUCAAGAAGCACGGCGGCAUCGCCAGCACCGAGUCCUAUGGGCCGUACAUGGGCCAGAACGGGUACUGCCACUACAAUCAGACUGACCUCAUAGCCAAGGUCGCUGGCUACAUCAACGUAGACCCCGGGAACGUCACCGCCCUGAAAGCGGCGCUCUACAAGCACGGCCCGGUGGCUGUGAACAUUGACGCCUCCCCCAAGACCUUUGCCUUCUAUGCCAACGGUGUCUACUACGAACCUGCCUGCGGAAACAAGAGCACAGAGCUGGACCAUGCGGUGCUGGCCGUGGGCUACGGGGUCCUGCAAGGGGAGAGCUAUUGGCUCAUCAAAAACUCCUGGUCCACCUACUGGGGUAACGACGGCUACAUCCUCAUGUCCAUGCGGGACAACAACUGCGGGGUGACAACGGCGGCAACGUACCCCGUCCUGGCCUGA